ACAGAACGAAAGCAGCACCAGAGAGGGCUUAUGUAAACCGGCUGUGGCAACAUUUCCACCAGCCUUUUGGAAUAAUUGCUCAGAUUGCACAGCUGGUCUAGAGAUUUUGAACAGCGUCGGAUCCAUCAGAUCCACGCUUUAACAUUUCUCAGAGCCGAUGAUAAAAACACAGAACGGCUUUGCCAUCACUGUUUGAGAGUGAACACGACCACCAGAGCGAAGAUGAGAGUUCUCGGGAGCCCCCGACGGUCGGACGUCUGCGAACGGGGCUACACAUGUUUGUUUUCUUAUUCACUGUUCACGUAACUUGUAGUUGUAUAUGUGACUAUACUCAGACUAUCUUUAAUUUAUAUUUAACCAAAACGUAGAAAUAGGCCAGGUAGGUACUCUUAUUUUGAAACAGACCAGUUGCUCAGGUACCGACGAUUUCGAAAAACCGCUGCUGUCACGGGCUUCACACGACAGUUGUCUACUCACUGGAGCAGCAUAUGUCUUGCAUAGCUAUCGCAAAGUUGUUCUACCUGCUCUUGCCCAUAAUUUGUAUGGAUUCAUCAUUGCACAUCUGAAGAAUAGCUCAUAAUAUCAACUUAAUGGUCGACCGGGUUAGGAAGGUUACGACGUUUUUGGUUUUGAGACAAACUGCUGUGGAAAGAUGUCAGCAGUAGAGUCUCAUGUUGCAUUUAUUUUGGACGACUUGGCCAAAAGGGCUGUUGCUGAAAUCAUGAAGUUGUUUGACAACACUUUUGCUGCGUUUAUCGAAGAACUGAAUAAGAAACAGAAUGAUAUUGAUAGGCUGACAAAGACACUGCACUCAAAUCAAGUGGUGGACACAACCGGAAAGACUUCGGACGAGACGUUUCCCACGUCACGUCAUGGUGAAUCUCAUGGCAAUCACCAGUCUGCAGAGGACAGUCAACAUUGGGCAAUGGGCAACAUGGGGCAACAUUGCCUCUCCACACAAGUUACGCAGUGGGAUUUCCCCGACGAGCAACAAUACAUUUUUGAAGGGAUCAAUGAUGUUGAUGAGGAGGAUGAUGAAGAUGAGGCGCACCCUCUGAUAGAACAGUCAGGGGAGUAUCCAUCUGUACCGCCAGAGGGUCCUGUUGAUUGGUCCAGGUCAGGAAGUGAAAGUGGUGAAUUUGGUGUGAUGCAGUUUGAGAUCAAAGCUUCCAAAUCCGGUGUUCAGGUACCAAGUCAUAGUAAGACCUCUGAAGUUCAACACAAGAUGUCAUCUGUACCGGGGAAAAGAAAGGUGGGGAGACCAAGGUUGAAUGCCCCAAGAACAAUAGCAAUCAAGAAGGAACCUGCCUCUCAGGAAAUACCAACCAAGAAACCGAGACGUAGGCCGAGAGGAAAACGAUCAAACUUCCCCAGCGUCUGCUCUGUGUGCAAUGAAAAGUUUUCUCGUCCAGUCGAUUUAUUAAGGCACCGCGUCGUUCACAACGAGAAGGCCUUGCUGCCCUGCAACUGGUGUGGAGUGACCUUCCCAUUCAGGAGCCAGCUGAUGAACCACAUCCGCACGCACACUGGAGAGAGACCCUUCUCCUGUGAUUUGUGUGGAAAGACCUUUCAGAGCAAUAGCAAUCUUAGAAUACAUAUGUGGUCACACAAGCCCAAAGAAACUGGUUGCAGCCUGUGUAGUGCAGACUCUCCCGCGUCACUCGAGGAUGACACAAGCAGACGCCGUUCCACCAGGCCGUGUGCCAAGUGUGGCAAGAUCAAGUCUGUGACUUAAACUCAAUCAGUUUAAUUCAGUAUUCAACAUUCCAGUAACAGAUAUGUGUGAAUUGCUUAAAUAUUUAUUUGUACUUAAAUUAAUUUGGCGUUGUUUCUGACACAACAGUGAUGUCACGUGUCACUGACUGUGUGAAUUCAACAGAGGGUGAUUCAAGGAUUUCUGUGUAGAUUACAUUAGUAGUUGUUUUUUUUGUCACAUUCUGAGUAGUGUGAUAUGAUGGACAUUUAGGAAAAAGUGGACUUGACUUCCCUCUAGUUAACCUACAAUAAACAGCUAAUUUCUGCAAUUUUCAUGCCUGUUUGGUUGCAGACUGCAGAUUGAAUAAAUGGCAAGAAUUAUUA